CAAAAAUAUUUUCACCAAAAUUAGUUCAUUGAUACCAUUUUGAUUUAUUUUGAGUCAUUUUUUCCUACAAUUAAAUGAUGCUCGGUUUGUUGGAACAUAAAAAAUUGAAUGGAAAUGGAAUGAAUGAAAGAUUGGACAUUUCCGAUGAAAAGAAUGAAUGAGUGAUUGAAUGGGUUUAAGCCGAUUGGUCUGUCUGAGUUCGCCACUUCUUCUUCACCGCCACCCCCAUCAUCAUCCUACUUCCUCUUCAUCCAUUCUUCACCGGCUUCCUUCACCUUUCCUCUGCUACCCUCUUAAAUGCCCUAUUUUUACACCUUUGCCACUCUUCCCUUCUUCUACUACUACAACCCAAUCCUCCUUUUCCUCCUCCUCUUCCGCCAUGGAAGCUCCUCCUGAGGGUUACAGAAGAAACGUCGGUAUAUGUCUCAUCAACGAUUCCAAAAAGAUUUUUGCUGCAUCGAGGUUAGAUGUACCAGAUUCAUGGCAAAUGCCGCAGGGGGGUGUUGAUGAGGGUGAGGAUCCCAGAAGUGCAGCCAUAAGGGAAUUAAGAGAAGAGACAGGAGUGACUUCUGCAGAAAUCCUUGCAGAGGUACCUCAUUGGUUGACAUAUGACUUCCCACCAAAAGUCAGGGAAAAACUUAGACAUCAGUGGGGAGGAGAUUGGAAAGGCCAGGCACAGAAGUGGUUUCUGUUUAAAUUAACUGGAAAGGAUGAAGAAAUCAAUCUUUUGGGAGAUGGAACUGAGAAAGCCGAGUUUGGUGAGUGGUCAUGGUUGCCAGCAGAACAAACAAUUGACUUGGUUGUUGAUUUUAAGAAGCCUGUUUAUAAAGAAGUUCUAGCAUUUUUCGCACCAUAUCUUCAAUAACCUUAAAACCGUAUUUUAACCUUGAAACCUUAUAUUUGUUUAAUAUAGCAAUAAUUUCUCUUGUAACUUUCGCACAUUAUGAUCGGUUGAAGCCAUCUAUCUGGAUAUGUGAUGGUGUUCCUCUCUUUUUGCUGUUUUCAUAUGCCCCGAAUGCAAUAUUUAUAUAUUUGAAAAGGGGUUAAAAUUAUUAUUAUAGGGGUCUUAUGGAAUUAUGCUCCAUUUUUGGGUUUUGAUUUA